AUGGGGUUCUCGUACCUGGAGAUCACAAACUAUGAACGCUGUAACAAUCCAACAGAAGCGAUCUUAAAGAACUGGCCGGCCCUAAAGCCCGAAGCCACGGUCGGAAGGUUGCUGUUUAUUCUCACGGAGGUGGAGCGGACAGAUGUGGUGGAGGACCUGCGGCCGGCUAUAGACGAAGAUGUGAGGAAGUACAUAGAGUUCUCGCAGAAGAAGGACCCUCCUGUGCAGGUUCCAGAGGUGGACAGCUGUGUGCCACGGACUCCUGAAAGACUUGGAAUAACUUUGGGAGAUGACCCUGACGGUACUCCAGAACAGUUUGAUGCAUUUAUCUGCUACUGUCAGAGCGAUAUCAACUUUGUCCAUGACAUGAUUCGAGAGCUGGAGGAGACUGAGUGCAAGCUCAAGCUGUGUGUUUUUGACAGAAAUGUGCUCCCUGGCUCCUGCGUCUGGACCAUCACCAGUGAACUUAUCGAGAAAAGAUGUAAAAGGAUGGUCGUAGUGGUCUCUGAUGAAUACCUUGAAAGUGAUGCCUGUGACUUUCAGACUAAAUUUGCACUGAGCCUUUGCCCUGGUGCUCGGAGCAAACGGUUAAUACCAGUGAUCUACAAACCAAUGUCAAAACCAUUUCCCAUAAGCGGUGCAGCGAACCUUCUUCCUCGGACAGCGGCGGUCUGGAUCCACGGAGCCCCUGGAGGGACCUUUGAGAAGCCCACAGGCGGCUGUGCGUAA